AUGAAAAAUGCGCAAGAGGACCAGGACAACAACUAUGGCGUCGAGAGCUUAGACGAGACCCUCGAGGCUGCCUUCGCCUCCAAGACCUCAGAGCCGUCUUCGCCUCCGUUGAACACUGUCUCUGGCAAGAAACGCAAGGUUGGGAAUCCCGUCCAUCCCAAGAUCGCUGCAGCUGCCCAACGCAUCAUAUCAUCCGAAGAGCGACCUUCGUCGCGAACAUCUUCAAUCUCGUCUCCUGCGCAAAGACCUUUGACUCCAUCUCCCACCCGCCGUCAUGUUCGAAGCGAAUCUCUCACAUCCCUGGGUCGUUCAUUUACCUCUCUACGUGCUGGCGACACUAGCACUCCUCGAUCGCCCAGCGUGAAAAGUGUACGCCUUUCAGACGAAGAAGGAAGCAUCAUCGACGACGCUGCGAGUCAAGCUCUACACUCUUCCAGCGAGGAUGAUGAUGUCUUCGCUGACAAUACUCUGCAUGAAUCCGCCUCCCAAACUCUUCCCCCGAGCAGUAUACCUCAGUUGAUAAUGCCCAGCAUAUCCAUGCCCACGCGCCGACCAUUCACAGAAAGAGGCAAGCGUAUACCCCAACUCAGAAUCAUGAUCGCUGGACCUUCUGGCAUUGGCAAGACAAGCCUGGUCAAAAGCAUUGUGCAGGUGUGUGAGGACAUCGUUCAUGUCGACCCUGUCGUGGCCGUUGACUCGUUGUCAACCUCGACUACGCUUGCACAUGAUGUACUUGAAACUCAUGCCUCAACCAAAUCUUGUCCAUCUUGGUGGUCAGAGAUCGAACAAGGACGUGGUUUAAGACGCCGCAAGAGUAUGGGAGAUUCCAUCCUCGAGCGCAAUAUUUCCUUUAUUGAUACCCCUGGUUGGGUCAUGAGCGGCGCAAACGACCAAGAAAAUAUGGACGAUGCCAUGAAUACCAUUCAGGAGCACAUAGAGGCUUCACUGCGGAAAAACACUCUGUCAGGAGAAUUGAGCGAUACAGAUUUGCUUGGUGUCUUGAGUGGCAGUGGAGGAUUCCAAAUCGAUGUGUUACUCUACAUGUUUCAUCCCAGUAGGUUUGUCAUACUUGGUUAUGAUUUGAAGAUACUGACGCUAUCCAGCANNUCUCACCAGAUCACUCCUACUGAAAUCGAUGUUCUUCGGCGCCUUUCCGCCCUAACCAACAUAGUACCUGUCAUUGGUAGAGCCGAUACAUGCCAAAGUGACAAUCUCAUGGAUACAAAGACAGCUAUCCGAUCUAGUCUUGAGGCUGCUGGGGUCGGAACGUUCACCUUCCAGGCAGCUGAUGCUCAAGAUGUCUUGACAUCGUCGCCUUUUGCAGUUUCGUCAGCCUUGAGCGAGGACGCAGAAACUAUGGAUGCGAGCGUUCUCAUGUCCUCUGAGUAUGUGCAGCCUCUGAUCUCGAGCGAUCUUACUCAGUUAGUCGACCGCCUAUUUGAUCCCGAUAGUGCUCAAAGGUUGCGACACUGUGCGGUCAAAAAGUUCAUCCAAUGGCGAAGGGAAUACUUGAAGACAUCGUUCGACUCACACAAACGCGAGCUUCGCGAGCUGGCUCUCGAGAGACUCGGUUGUCUGCAAGAUGCUGCACCAUCUUCCAUUUCUUCUGUAUUGUCUUCGCCUUCAGGUUUCCUGGCGCCACAAGUAUCUGCUCCAAGCCAGCGGGGGUCAUCGCCUACACCCUUCAAGCUUGUACCCGCUAUAUACACGACCUCACAGUACGACUUUGGUCGUUGUGUCGAUGCCCACAAUCUUGACAGAGAAAGCAUGCAAUUACCGCAAUGGGCAUACAACUUGAAGAUUGCACUGGACACUGAAACUCGAGAUAGGAAACAAUUGACUGCGAGUACUAACGAACGACACAAAGCCAGCUCGGCCCUGGUUAAAUCUGGCCACGAGACAUCUAACAAUGUCAAUCGUAGCGAACUCGACAGCCUCGAUUGUCAAGACCCCUUGGGUUUGCUUGCACUGAGCCAACGCCUUCACAUCAAGAGAUGGAGCUUUCUGCAGGUGGUCGGAGGGUGUGGAAUUGUCGCGACGGCGUUGGUCUGGGUAACAAGAAAUUGGGUGACAGUGUCAGAAGCGUUGGGCUUAAGCACGCCGAGUGUCGAGCUCCCUGGGUAUGCAGUAGUGUCAGCCAGGGACAACAGCAGGACUCCUCUGGAUCUGUUCAAGGCCUUCCUGACAGGAGGGAAGUGGUAG